AUGGCGGCGACGGCCUUCCCCUCGCUCUCCUCGACUGUAGCUCCCCCACCUUCCGCCCUCUGGUCCGCCAACCUCUCCGUGAGUCCCCCCGGCCUUCCCCCAUCAGGGCGCUUGCGCCGCUUCCCCCAUCAGGGCGCUUGCGCCGCUUCCCCCAUCAGCGCGCUUGCGCCGCUUCCUCCAUCAGCGCGCUUGCGCCGCUAUUUCCAUCAGCGCGAGCUCAUACGCGGAAGCCGCCGCAGCUUGCCGUCGAUCAUGGCAUCAUCUUGUCCUCUUCCUCCUUACCUCGCGCCGUACUCGACAAACGAGCCGUGGCAGAACUUCGUGCUGGGGCAGGGCGGCAGCCCGGAGCUCGUCAGCCCGUACGUGGUCCAGAGCGGCGACGGGCGUGUCGCGUGGGGGAUACCGGCGCGCAACGCACAGACAGCAUACAUCAUCCAGGCGUUUAUCACCAACCUCAUGCUCUCCACGCUGCAAGGCCUCCCGCCGCACCAAGUCUCCGCGUACGACGAUCUCUCCGUUACCCUCUCCUUCCGCCAGCCUUCCGCCGCGCCCUCCGCGCCCCCCGCGCUCGUGGUUCCGCUCGUGCGCGGCUCCCCCUAUUUGACUUUCAUAUUCCCCCAGGGCGGGGCCCCCGCGACGCCCGUGCUCAAGACGAUCCACGCGAUUCUGAGCGUAGAGACACGCGGCGACAGCAAGUACCGCGUCGCGCUCAACAACGGCCAGACGUGGCUGGUGUAUCUCUCGUCGCCGCUAGCGCUGCGGCAGGAUGGAUCAUCGAUUGUGGCGGCCGCGCCGUUCACGGGAACCAUGCGCAUCGCGCUGCUGCCAGACAACUCCCCGCAGCGCGAGGAGGCGCUGCUGGACGCGCAUGUGGCGACGGUGCCGGUCGGCGGGCGCGCGCGUGUGGGCGCGUUCCGCAUCAAGUUAAGCUGGCGCACGCAGCAGUGGCGCAAGUUGGCUCCCGGCGGCACCAAAACGCCGCUGCUCAUGCUGUCUCUGCCAGUGCACCAGCGCCUGCGAGUGUUCGCGCACAACCCCACCCCGGCCUCCGCCCUCCGCCGUCACCGCAGCGUGUCCCCUUUCGACAAUAGCGCGCCCGCCAUCCGCGUCUCCGCGCCUGGCGGCCUCUCCUCCACGCGCGCCGACGGCGGGUGGGGCGAGACGGGGUGGGACUCCGACAACAGCAGCGGCAGCAGCAGCAGCGACAGCGAAACGGGGUCCCUCCCUCAGGGCAAUGCAGCUUCAUGGGUUACGGGACCCGCGUCAGCAGCAGCAUCCGGCGCAAGCGACCCUGCAGCGUCGAACCAGGGAGCCAUGGCAUCAACAUCGGCGUCGCCCGCAUCGUGGCAUGGACAGGCGACACAAGAUACGGUGCUGUCAUACCCCACCUUAGACGGGCGCGCAGUGGGCGUGAAAGGCGCGGUAUGGGAGCUCAAAGUGCCUAAGACGCCCACCACGUGGCACUCUCCCAGCCUCUCGUCCGACCCGCAGUUGAUGGACGAGUUAAGGGCGAGUCUGAAGCAGGACGUCGCGGCGCUCCCGCCGCUCACCACGGCCUCGACCUACUUCUUCGGCAAGGCUGCGGCGCGCGCGGCGCGCCUCGCGCUGAUCGCGGAGCAGGUGCACGACGACGGCAGCCUCGCCGCGGUCCUGCCGCCGCUGCGCGCCGCGCUGACCGCCUGGCUGGACGGCACCUUCCCCGGAAACCGCCUGCUGUACGACCCCACGUGGGGGGGCGUGGUUAGCGAAGCCGGGUCGCGCGACAAGGGCGCGGAUUUCGGUCUAGGUAUGUAUAACGACCAUCACUUCCACUACGGCUACUUCGUCUACGCUGCCGCGACCGUCGCGAAAUUCGACCCGAUGUGGGGUAGCCGUUACCGCGCGCAGCUCGCGGCGCUCGUCGCGGACUUCAUGUCGGUGAACCGAACCGCGGCGUUCCCGAGGCUGCGCCACUUCGACGCGUACGCGCUGCACUCGUGGGCGAGCGGGCUGUUCGACUUCGGCGACGGUCGCAACCAGGAGAGCUUCAGCGAAGCCGCGAAUGCGUACUACGCCGCGUCGCUCCUCGCGUUCACCUUCGGCGACCUGCCAUUGGCCACGCUCGGCGCCACGCUGGCAGCCGUGGAGUCCGUCGCGGCGCAGGUGCUGAUGCAGGUGCCGGCGGCCGGAAGCUCCUCGUCUCCCCCGCCGUCGCUGUCGCCCGCGUACGAGCCGGUAUUCGCGGACGCGAAUCGCAUGCUGGGCAUGGUGUGGUCCACGAAGCGCGACGCGGGGCUGUGGUUCGCGGCGCCUGCUGAGCUGGACAAGCGCGUGGGCAUCCAGGUGCUGCCAAUCACGCCCUUCCUCGCGCACCUCUUCCCCGACCGCGCGUACGCGCGCCAGCUGGUGGAAUGGGCGCAACCUGUGCUGAGCGGGAGCGGAGUGACGGACGAGUGGCGGGGGUUCGCGUGGGCGCUGCAGGCGCUGUAUGAUCCCCAGGGGGCGCGGACUAGAAUCGGCGCACUGGGUGCUUUCGAUGACGGGAAUUCCAAGACGAACAUGCUGUGGUGGCUCGCUUCUAACACGCCGUAG